CCUCAUUCCCUCAAUAUAGACGCCGUACCGCUGUAAAAGCCUUCAGCUACCUACAACACUCUUUAUAUCGUCUUACACCCUUCUAACUCCUCUCUUCGUCCAACCUCCCUCGUUCUGUCAAUCAGCCUAUCCUCUCCCCUCAUCUCGCUCAGGCCUCGCUUCCUUCUGUCAGCCUCGACUGCUCAUCUUCAUGGUUAGCUAACAUUAUUGCAACUUGGCUCGGGGCUCAUGCUCUGGGCCAUCGACGUCGAACUGACCAGUCUCAAAAACCUAAUACACCAUGGAGAUCUCCCCAGAUAACGAUGACCUUCCUCAGAAAACAAAACCUAGAGCCCCCGGUGCCCCAGCCGCCCCGUCGCUCCUCUCAAAACAUCUGAAUGGGAAACAACGCGAGUGGGAUGCUAUUGCAUCUCACAAAACCCCCCUCCGUCUGCUCGACCUCCCCCUCGACAUCCUUCAAACCAUCCUGCGCGAGCUCAACCACACCAACGACCUGACCUCGCUGGCCUUGACCCAUUCCGCCCUUCAUGCUCUCGUCAUACCCCUCAUCUACUCUCGCUUCGAUAUCGUCUGGCCUGAUGCAAAUGCCACGUUUGCAAAUCGUAUGGGCGUCGAUGCUCUUACGUAUGGACUGGCCACUCUCGUCAUGGCCCAAGAUGUUUUUGGCGAGUCUCCACACCAGCAAGUUCCUCAACAUACCUGCCAAAGCUGUGGACAUCAAAAUCCACCAUCCUCCCACCCAACACCGACCACAAAUACCCCACACAUCCGUCGCGGCAACUACUUUGCUCAGUACACGAGAAAAUUUGGCCUGGGAAAUGGCCCUGCCGACUGGGUUCAGGAGUACCUCAUCACCAAAGAAGCCGGAAAGAUGCUCGGUACGCUCGUCGCUCUGGCCGUUGGCCGCAUGCGUAAUCUGGAGUCUUUUGUCUGGGAUAUGCCCACCGGUGUCUUGAGGGAUGUCUGGCUUGCUCUGGCGUCUCUGGGCAAUCGUCAAGAUGGCCAACCUUGUCGCCUUGAGCGUGUUUGGGUUCGGUGGCAUGACAAUCAAGACCAGGGCCCAUUGGCCUCCCCUCCUCCCUCCAGCCUCCCUGCCACUGAUCCUUCUCACCUUCCUUCCAUACUCGCCGGCCACGCCAAUGCCCUUUUUCAGAUACCGCCUUACCCAAGGGUUGAAUUCCCCACCUUUUCCAUCCUGCCUCCCUUGAAAAGUCUCAGUGUCCUGGAUAUCGAUGAACUUCCUUAUGCCGAAGAAAUGAGCGUCUUGAUCGACAGAUCUUUGGGCAAACUGCAAGAAUUACGCGUCGGUAUGGCCAGCCAUGCCCAGUUCGAUCUCUGGGCCAGGCCCUCCGAAGACCGUGCUGCGGCAUUGCCAUCCCUCAUGUCCGCCGCCCCUGACCAAGCUCCGCGGCCUGGCGGCAUUAUGGGCAUCUUGGUUCAUCGCAUUUGUCCAACAUUUUCUCAUCAUGCCCGAGUCGACACAUCCGUAUCUAGUACUGCCCAAACAGCUGCGGAACAAGAAACCCAACCACCAAUGAACAAUUCUAGCGACAAGGUUGCAGAUUCAAACAUUGCCCCAAGCGCUUAUGAUAUCAAUCAGCUCGACAUUUUAUUCUCUGAGCAUCAUCUCUAUGACAACGAUGAUGAUCCAGCAGCCACCCAAGUCGCCGUGACGAAGAAUUUGCCUUCCACUCAGACUUCCUCCGUACAGCCGGAGCCUCAUAUGAACAGCAUACAACCUUUGGCCCAUGUCAACAAAGAUCGAAAACCCACUCGCAAACUCAUGUUGGAUACACUUGAAAUCGAACGUGUUACUCUGUCGUUAGCUGUCAUGGCACACGUAAUCGAUUGGUCGAGACUGAACACAUUGACUCUUCUUGGUUGUCGCAACCAUGAGCACCUGUGGAAGGCACUUCGAAAACGAUAUACUCCGACUAGUCGGCGGAGAGUAUCCUCGGCUCCAUACCGCACAUCUUCCAGGUCACAAUCCAGCCAGCUCGCCUCUGUCUCCCAAAAUGCCGAUGACUAUUUCCUCAAGUUGAAGAGACUCCAUACCGACACCGUCUCUCCGUCUUUGAUCGCCUUCAUCAAAGAUGCAUUGGCUCCUGACAGCCUUGAAUGGUUGUUUCUACAAGAUAACCCCACCUACAAAUCAUCUGUCACGGUUGAUGUCAUCUAUCGCGGCGCCAUUCGCCGCCAUCGCGCCAGUCUGACCAAGUUGCUCAUCGACAGCAGCAUUAGAACCGAUGAACAAGACCCGCCACCGGACGCAAGCUGGAGACGUUGGGUUAUCAGCCGAGACUUGCUCACCUGUAUCACUAGCGGCAAGAUGAAACUGAGGGAACUCAGCAUGGCCAUUGACUACAAAGAUUGGCAUUACUUCUUGCGCCGAUUGCCUCACGCCACCACUCUUCGUUCCCUCCACAUUACCCGCAUCGCCGAACAUGUCAAUGGAAAUGUUCAUUCGCGAGAAGCGGCGCUACAAGUUCUCGACAUUGUCGCCCUGCGACCAGAACUAGAAUUGUGUUAUCUCGGUGUCCAGAAUCAAUGUUUUGAGAUUCUCGAAUACACCACCAAUCGGAAACCCUCGCGGCCCGGCUCUUUGUUUGGUCCCAAUGGCGGAACUCUGUCUGGUGAUGAUAUGGACGCCAACUCGGACGGACACCCUCAUGGCCCUAGUGUUCAUGUACACAAUGGCGAGUACGAUGAUGAUGAGGAUGGGGAUUCCGAUGAUUCGAGUGAUUUUGAUGGCCUGUCGGAUUCGGCCGGUGGCGGAAGCGAUGAAGAAGGCGACGGAGGGGAGAGAUCAACUGCAGCCAAGCAAUCGUGGCGAUUGAGAGAGAUAUUGUUCUAUGAUGACAAGGUAUCAAUCUUCCGAGCAAGACACGGAAGGCUAUAACAUGAUGAAUGGGGGUAGAUGACCGACUGCUGCUGCGCAACUGCAUUGCUUACCUUUGAGGAUCAAGAUAUGUGUCUUGAGUAGGUACAGAAAAGAAUUGUUGCUUAAUGGAUUGAGCAAAGAAAACUCGCUCCUCCCUGACAGGAUGUGAAGUGUUCAGUGCAAUGGAGCUAGGACAUUUGAGAUUGAUAUGACCCUGGCCUAGUUAGGUAGGUAGAAAUCUAACAUCAAACUUAU